CCGGGCUUAAGUGGCACCGGCGCCUCCCUGGGUCUUGUGGUGAUUGGGGGCUUUGGGGUGACCCCGGCCCAGCGCAGGCCGCCUGUGGAGCCGUCCGGUCCCAGCAGUGGCCCCCGAGCCUCCCUGUCUCUGUCACUGGCCGUCAGCCAGCAGGCCUGGCCGCCCCCCAGCGGGGAGAACAUCUCCUCAGGGCCAUGUCGAGGCCGAGCAGCGUUUCCCCGCGGCCGCCGGCUCCUGGCGGUGGCGGGGGUGGCGGGGGCGGCCUCUCUCAGUGUGGCCCUGGGGGCGGCGGCCGCGCCAAGGGGCUGAAGGACAUUCGUAUAGACGAGGAGGUGAAGAUCGCAGUCAAUAUCGCUCUGGAGCGCUUCCGAUACGGGGACCAGAGAGAAAUGGAAUUUCCUUCUUCUUUGACCAGUACUGAAAGAGCCUUUAUUCAUCGAUUGAGUCAGUCUCUUGGUUUGGUCUCUAAAAGUAAAGGAAAGGGAGCAAAUAGAUACCUCACUGUGAAGAAGAAAGAUGGAUCAGAAACAGCUCAUGCAAUGAUGACCUGUAAUUUGACUCAUAAUACAAAACAUGCUGUUAGGAGCCUAAUUCAAAGAUUUCCUGUCACCAAUAAAGAGCGUACUGAACUUCUGCCUAAAACAGAAAGAGGAAAUGUGUUUGCAGUUGAAGCUGAAAACCGGGAAAUGAGCAAGACAAGUGGGCGACUCAAUAAUGGCAUACCUCAGAUUCCAGUGAAAAGAGGAGAAUCCGAAUUUGAUUCUUUCAGGCAGUCUCUGCCAGUGUUUGAGAAACAAGAAGAAAUUGUUAAAAUAAUUAAGGAAAAUAAAGUUGUUUUGAUUGUAGGAGAAACUGGGUCUGGAAAGACUACACAGAUUCCUCAGUUCCUUUUAGAUGACUGCUUUAAAAAUGGUAUCCCCUGCCGUAUAUUUUGUACUCAACCAAGACGAUUAGCAGCUAUUGCUGUGGCUGAAAGAGUUGCUGCAGAGAGAAGAGAAAGAAUUGGUCAAACAAUUGGGUAUCAGAUCCGAUUAGAAAGCAGGGUUUCUCCAAAGACACUUCUGACAUUUUGCACUAAUGGAGUAUUGCUUCGUACAUUGAUGGCAGGAGAUAGUACAUUGUCGACUGUGACACAUGUUAUUGUGGAUGAAGUACAUGAAAGGGAUCGAUUCAGUGAUUUUUUACUUACAAAGUUAAGAGAUUUGUUGCAGAAGCACCCAACUUUGAAACUAAUUCUUUCUAGUGCUGCCUUGGAUGUAAAUCUUUUUAUACGAUAUUUUGGAAGUUGUCCAGUGAUAUAUAGACCUUUCACAACUCAGUUUUUACAUUUGUAUUCUGGAUCAUUGGAUAAUGUGUAUCUCCUCUGCUGGCUUGCAAGCUUCAAGAGGUCAGGAGUACAGGGAAGACCAUUUGAAGUAAAAGAAAUGUUUCUGGAAGAUAUUUUAAGAACUACUGGAUACACAAACAAAGAAAUGUUAAAAUACAAAAAGGAAAAACAGCGAGAAGAGAAACAACAAACCACGCUUACAGAAUGGUAUUCAGCUCAAGAAAAUACUUUCAAACCUGAAUCUCAGAGGCAGAGAACUGUUCCAAAUGUGACUGAUGAGUAUGAUUUAUUAGAUGAUGGUGGUGAUGCUGUCUUCAGUCAGUUGACAGAGAAAGAUGUGAAUUGCCUUGAACCAUGGUUAAUAAAGGAAAUGGAUGCUUGUCUUUCUGAUAUAUGGCUACAUAAAGAUGUUGAUGCCUUUGCUCAGGUCUUUCACCUUAUUUUAACUGAAAAUGUUAGUGUUGAUUACAGACAUAGUGAAACCAGUGCAACAGCUCUAAUGGUUGCUGCAGGACGAGGUUUUUCAAGUCAAGUAGAGCAGUUAAUUAGCAUGGGAGCCAAUGUCCAUAGUAAAGCAUCAAAUGGCUGGAUGGCUUUAGAUUGGGCUAAACACUUUGGACAGACUGAAAUUGUGGAUCUUCUAGAAUCUUACAGUGCUUCGUUGGAAUUUGGAAAUCUGGAUGAAAGUUCUCUGGUUCAAACAAAUGGAAGUGACCUCAGUGCAGAAGACAGAGAGCUCCUGAAAGCUUAUCAUCAUAGUUUUGAUGAUGAAAAAGUAGAUUUGGAUUUGAUCAUGCAUCUUCUAUACAAUAUCUGCCAUAGUUGUGAUGCUGGUGCAAUAUUAAUUUUCCUACCUGGAUAUGAUGAAAUAGUUGGACUGAGGGAUCGCAUCCUGUUUGAUGACAAGCGGUUUGCUGACAAUACACAUAGAUAUCAAGUCUUUAUGCUUCAUUCAAAUAUGCAAACAUCUGAUCAAAAGAAGGUAUUGAAAAACCCGCCUGCAGGUGUUCGAAAAAUAAUCCUUUCCACCAAUAUUGCUGAAACCAGUAUCACAGUCAAUGACGUUGUCUUUGUUAUUGAUUCUGGUAAGGUGAAAGAGAAAUCCUUUGAUGCACUGAAUUUUGUUACAAUGUUAAAAAUGGUGUGGAUUUCCAAAGCUAGUGCCAUACAACGAAAAGGCAGGGCAGGGCGAUGUAGACCUGGAAUUUGUUUCCGGCUGUUCAGUAGACUCCGAUUCCAGAAUAUGUUGGAAUUUCAGACUCCAGAACUUUUGAGAAUGCCACUACAGGAACUUUGUUUACAUACCAAGCUGUUAGCCCCAGUUAGUUGUCCUAUCGCUGAUUUCCUUAUGAAAGCUCCUGAGCCUCCACCAGCUUUAAUUGUAAGAAAUGCUAUACAAAUGCUUAAGACAAUAGAUGCAAUGGAUGCGUGGGAAGAUCUCACUGAACUUGGAUAUCAUUUGGCCGACUUGCCAGUAGAACCCCAUCUUGGUAAAAUGGUGCUGUGUGCUGUUGUUUUGAAGUGUCUGGACCCCAUCCUUACAAUUGCCUGCACACUAGCCUAUCGAGAUCCUUUUGUCCUGCCAACCCAGGCCUCUCAAAAACGUGCAGCUAUGCUUUGUAGGAAACGUUUUACUGCAGGAACUUUCAGUGACCAUAUGGCGCUUCUCAGAGCAUUCCAGGCAUGGCAGAAAGCACGAAGUGAUGGGUGGGAGCGAGCCUUUUGUGAAAAGAAUUUUCUUUCACAAGCUACCAUGGAAAUAAUCAUAGGCAUGAGAACUCAGUUACUUGGUCAACUUAGAGCAUCAGGUUUUGUUAGAGCACGAGGUGGUGGUGACAUUCGAGAUGUUAACACAAAUUCCGAGAACUGGGCUGUCGUUAAAGCUGCAUUGGUGGCAGGCAUGUAUCCUAAUUUAGUCCAUGUGGACAGAGAGAAUGUAGUAUUGACAGGGCCAAAGGAGAAAAAAGUACGGUUUCAUCCCACUUCAGUUCUCAGUCAGCCUCAAUAUAAAAAGAUUCCUCCAGCCAAUGGUCAAGCUGCAGCAAUUCAGGCGUUGCCCACAGAUUGGCUUAUUUAUGAUGAAAUGACCAGAGCCCAUAGAAUAGCUAAUAUUAGAUGUUGUUCAGCAGUGACACCUGUCACUGUAUUGGUAUUCUGUGGACCAGCUAGGUUGGCAAGUACUGCUCUUCAAGAACCUUCAUCCUUUCGAGCGGAUGGUGUUCCUAAUGACGGUAGUGAUAGUGAAAUGGAAGAUAGAACAACUGCUAAUUUGGCAGCUUUGAAACUUGAUGAGUGGCUCAAUUUCAAACUAGAGCCUGAGGUAGCCAGUUUAUUGCUGCAGCUCAGACAGAAGUGGCACAGCUUAUUUUUACGCCGAAUGAGAGCUCCGUCUAAACCGUGGUCUCAAGUUGAUGAAGCUACCAUAAGAGCUAUUAUAGCUGUUUUAAGCACUGAAGAACAGUCUGCAGGUUUACAACAACCAUCUGGAAUUGGCCAAAGGCCAAGGCCUAUGUCUUCAGAAGAACUUCCUUUGGCAUCAUCUUGGAGAUCAAAUAAUAGUAGGAAAAGUUCAGCAGAUACUGAAUUUUCUGAUGAGUCUACUACUGCAGAAAGAGUAUUGAUGAAAUCUCCAUCUCCAGCACUACACCCACCUCAGAAGUACAAAGAUAGAGGAAUUUUACAUCCUAAACGAAGCACUGAUGACCGAUCAGAUCAACCUGUGAAAUCUGCAGACAGCAGUAGCUACCCAAGUCCUUGUGCUAGUCCUUCUCCGCCGUCCUCAGGAAAGGGCUCAAAAUCUCCUUCACCAAGACCAAACAUGCCUAUUCGAUACUUCAUAAUGAAGAGUAGCAAUUUGAGAAACCUUGAAAUUUCUCAACAGAAGGGUAUCUGGUCUACAACCCCUAGUAAUGAGCGGAAGUUAAAUCGAGCCUUUUGGGAAAGCAGCAUGGUUUACUUGAUAUUUUCUGUUCAAGGAUCUGGACAUUUCCAGGGAUUUUCUAGGAUGUCUUCUGAGAUAGGAAGGGAGAAGAGCCAGGACUGGGGCUCAGCUGGAUUAGGAGGAGUGUUUAAGGUGGAGUGGAUACGAAAAGAAAGUCUUCCCUUUCAGUUUGCACACCAUUUACUCAAUCCUUGGAAUGACAACAAGAAAGUCCAGAUAAGCAGAGAUGGGCAGGAACUAGAGCCCCAGGUUGGUGAACAGUUGCUCCAGUUAUGGGAACGCCUUCCAUUGGGAGAAAAAAACACAACUGAUUGACACUCAGAACUCUUAGCUGCGGAAGAACAUCAUGCCUGUUUAUAACCACUGAAUGCACUGACUUCCAAAAACUGAGAUGGGGUUGUGUGUUAUGAAUGGGCUUUUCUGGUUUAGAGUGUUGCUUUAGGACCACCGUCUUCAUAUAAAAUAGAAAAGGAUAGCUUUAGUUUUUAUAGUGAUCAUAGGGAAUGAUUAUGUAAUGUUUGUUAAUAUGUUUAUAAUUGAAUAAAAUAGUAGUAGUUUCAUUAUUUGACACAACAGCAGUUAUUUUAAACAUACUUAAUUUGAAGUUAAACAUUUAAUUUGUUUAAAACAUUGACUUAUAACUCUUAUUUAGGAUUUUUUUAAAUGCAAAUUAAAUUUUUUAUUUUAAGAAAGGCCUGAAUAUAUCAAUACAUCUGAGCACUAUUUUAGAAGAGUCAACUCUUAAGAUUUAUCAUUAAAAAACAAACAAGCAAACAACCAAAUUCUAAAAAUAUCCCUUUUAAAAAUAGUGUGGGCUGAUUAAGGACUAUUCAUUCUGCUAUUUUUAACCUGAGAUACAUUAAGAAAAAAAAGGAGGGUUGUUCUUUUUCUGUGAUUAUGAAAUGCAGUAAAAUCUGAAGAAAGGCCGAGUUUCUCUCUGUCUUUGAUCAGAUCAGAUUCAGUGUUUAGUUUUAUUCCUGGUCCCGCGUCUUUUAACCUGAUGUGUACCAUACUCCUUCUUUCUUUCCGUGUUACAGCCUUCACACAUCUCUUAUAUGAGCACAGUAAUUAUGACCUCUUUGUUUUGGCUAGGGAAACUUGAUUUGGACAAGUUGAGAAAUUAAACAAGUGAUACAAGUUAAAAAAAGUGCUCAACAGUUAGUGGUAGCUUGGUUGCUGUAUGUCUCCCAAACUGAAGUCCACAAGCACUGCAAAUCUAAAUGCCUUCUAUGUGUUUUCUAGUACUUUUUAUCCUUUACAUAUGUUUUUGGAUAUGAUUUCUCUUGUUUUGCACUUAUGGUUUAAUAAACAGGGUAAUUUUUUUGUACACCUGUAUUAGUGCCAACUUUCAUAUUUCUUUGCCAUCUCAGAAUUAUUUAGUUUGAUCUCUUUACCACCGUUGUCUAUAAAGUUUCCUAAGAAGGGAAAUAGAAAUACAGGGAAAAAUGAAAGAAAUAUCUUGGUUACUGAGCUCUAAAUAGAACAAGUUUGGUAGCACAUCUCAUGAUACAUUUGGGUCAUUGCUAUAUAACA